CCCUCUUUUUCUUUUCGCUCGUGGCGGCUAAUGGCAGCACGUAAAGAGUCCGGCUCAGCAGUGAGCGUCGCGAUGACUUCUACAGGGGGUACUUUGGACUCUCCCGUCAAGCAGAUCCAGAUUGAAGGACUGGUGGUGUUGAAGAUCAUCAAGCACUACCAGGAGGAGGGCCAGGGCAGUGAGGUUGUCCAGGGGGUCCUCCUGGGCCUGGUGGUGGAAGACCGGCUGGAGAUUACCAACUGCUUCCCCUUCCCCCAGCACACCGAGGAUGAUGCUGACUUUGAUGAGGUCCAGUACCAGAUGGAGAUGAUGCGUUCUCUGCGCCACGUCAACAUCGACCAUCUGCAUGUGGGAUGGUACCAGUCCACCUACUAUGGGUCCUUUGUCAGCCGCGCUCUGCUCGACUCCCAGUUCAGCUACCAGCAUGCCAUUGAAGAGUCCGUGGUACUUAUCUAUGAUCCAAUAAAGACAGCCCAGGGAUCCCUCUCUCUCAAGGCCUACAGGCUAACCCCCAAACUAAUGGAGAUCUGCAAGGAGAAAGAUUUCACAACUGAGGGGUUGAAAAAGGCCAACAUUGGCUUUGAGCUCAUGUUCGAGGAGGUGCCCAUCGUCAUCAAGAACUCCCACCUCAUCAGCGUGCUGAUGUGGGAGCUGGAGGACAAGUCCACAGUUGCCGACAAGCAUGAGCUGCUCAACCUCUCCAGCAGUAACCACCUGGAAAAGAGUCUACAAUUGCUGAUGGACAGAGUGGAUGACAUGAGCCAAGACAUUGUCAAAUAUAACACCUAUAGCCGCAACCUGAGUAAGCAACAGCAGCAGAAACACCAGUACCUCCAGAGGCGACAGCAGGAGAAUACACAGCGACAAAGCCGAGGGGAGCCCCCACUGCCCGAGGAGGACAUCAGCAAGAUGUUCAAGCCUCCUCAGCCUCCACCACGCAUGGACACACUGCUCAUAGCAGGGCAAAUUAACAAUUACUGCCAGAAUGUGAAGGAAUUUACUUCGCAGAAUCUUGGGAAGCUGUUCAUGGCAGAGGCUCUCCAAGGUCACACCAGCUAGAGAGGAAAUGAAGAGAGGGUGAAAAAGUGGGAAAGAUGAAGAGCUUACAGGGAUGCAAGGCAAAAUCACCAGCCCAUGAACGGAGGAGUAGAGCGUUGGGUAUUUUCUUUCUGAGCAGGAAACCCCUGAGCCCCACCUCCAACAAUUAAGAUCUUUGAGAAUCCCAUGAUGGUUGUCAUUUAAAUAAAAGGUUUGCAUCUCCAA